AUGGAGGAAAUGACCAGCCUGAAUGAAACCACAGGGAGCCAGGUGACUGAAUUCAUUCUCAUGGGCCUCACAAAACGUCCUGAGCUCCAGGGCCCCCUCUUUGUUGUGUUUUUCCUCAACUACAUGGCCAUACUUUUGGGGAACUUGGGCCUGAUCAUCCUAACCAGUGUUGAUUCCCACCUCAAAACCCCCAUGUACUUUUUCCUCAGGCAUCUGGCAUUUGUUGAUCUUGGCUAUUCCACAGCUGUUGGGCCAAAAAUGCUAGUUGGAUUCAUAGAAGAGAAAAACAUUAUUUCUUAUAGUGGGUGUGCCAUACAGCUAGUUUUCUAUGUGAUAUUUAUCACUAGUGAACUUUUUAUCCUGUCAGUCAUGGCCUAUGACCGCUAUAUUGCUAUCUGUAAGCCUCUCUACUAUAUGACCAUUGUGUCAGAUGUGGUAUGUUGGCUCUUGGUGGCUAUCUCAUAUCUCUAUAGCACCAUGGUGUCCCUACUAGUCACAAUAGAGCUUUUUAAAUUAUCUUUCUGCAAAUCAAAUGUAAUAAGACACUUCUACUGCGAUGGUGCUCCCCUAUUGUCCAUUACAUGCUCAGAUGCAAGUGAGAUUGAACUAAUCAUUAUGAUCUUUGCUGCAUUUAAUUUUGUUUCUUCCCUUAUGUUUAUCCUUAUCUCCUACAUGCUCAUUCUUGUGACCAUCCUUAGGAUGAACUCUUCUGAGGGCAGACACAAAGCCUUCUCCACCUUUGGCUCUCACCUCACUGGGGCAGUUAUAUUCUAUGGUACACUUAUCUUCAUCUAUCUGCAGCCCCAAUCUAGCCAUUCCUUUGCUGUAGACAAAAUAGCCUCUGUCUUUUACACUCUGGUCAUCCCCAUGCUCAACCCUUUGAUCUACAGUCUCAGGAACAAAGAGGUGAAAGGUGCCUUGAGGAGGCUCUUUAAAAUGUGUCUUAAUUUGCUGUUUCCUCUUAAAAUUUUUGGAGUUGUCCCAGAAGAAGAGUUUAAGUAUAACACCUGA